AGAGAGGGAUAGAAAGAGACACAGGAUACGUCGUCGUAGUCAGCCGUAGUCGUUAGUCAGAACACGGUUUAUCCUCCGUGGCAGUGGGUUCGUAUCUUUAGCCUUCGAUCCAAUCUAACAUCGUUUAUUCCAUUUAUUCGUCUACCGUCCAGGAAAGAGAAAACAUCUCAGAUUAUAUAUCCACCCUGCGGUGUAACACGAGUGAGGUCCUGUCCUUCUUUACCCUAUUUUUGUUACGCGGUUUUGUUGGAAGCUCCUAGUUGUUGCUGAGAGAGGAGAGUAUCGAUCGCUCAUCAUGCCGGUUGAGGAUUUUCUCGGAAAAAAAUACAAGCUAUCCAACAGCGAGAACUUCGAUGAUUUUAUGAAAGCUCUUGGUGUGAGUCUAGUAACAAGAAAAAUGGGUGCAAGUGUGAAUCCAGUCGUAGAACUUACUGAAAGUGACGGAACAUAUACUUUGAAAACUAACAGCCCUUUCAAAAGUUCCGAAAUUAAGUUCAAACUUGGUGAGGAAUUUGAAGAGGAGACACCCGAUGGUAGGAAAGUAAAGAGUGUUUGCACUUUGGAAGGCAACAAGCUCUUGCACAUACAAAAAGGAGAAAAAGAAACCACGAUCGAAAGAGAAUUCUCGCCGACAGAAAUGAAAGCGGUAAUGAAGGUUGAUAAUAUAAUCUGCACCAGAGUGUACACCGUUCAGAACUAAUAUUCUUACGGAAUGUCUAAGAAAACUUGGCUGCCCGAUUCAUACUCUAAACAUACUAAGAAUUUUACUCAUAAAAAAAGCUUCAAAUAUAUAUAGGAGAUUAAAACUUCUAUUUAUCCUUUAAGCAAUUCAAAAAAAAAAAAAAAACAAUUUUCCAAAAGUUCAUCUAUUAUAUUAUAAUGCUAAAAGUUAUCUUUUGAUAAUUAACAACGAUAUCUACCUUUGAAAUUAUAUGCAAGUAUGUAGAGCUAAUAUGAUAUUAAAGAAACUUUACUCAUUUGAUAACAAAUGCAAAUUUUUGCAUAAACUUAAAGAGCUACAAAAAAAAA